AUGUCUCCGAGUGAUGCCGUUGGAAGAGCUAUAAAAGUUGAUGACACAAGUCUUAAAAGGGAAGUAGGAUAUUAUGCUAGUGUUUUAGUUGAAGUGGAUUUAACAAAUAAUAUUCCUAAUCAAGUUUUAGUUAAAACCAAAUAUGGCAGUUUUGAACAAGAGGUACAAAUACCAAAAAUUCGUAGCUUCUGCAAUCAUUAUAAAGAGGUGGGACACGUAGUCACUGAAUGUAGAGUGCAUAAAAAGAUUAAUUUGCAAAAUGAUGCAAAUGGUCAAGUUCAUAAUGUAGUGCAAAGGAAGGUACGGAAACUUAAUAAGAGGAACCCUCAAAAACAUAUUGGUUUUGAUAUAUGUUUCACUCCAACAACACAAAAGAACAAGGGAUUUGAGAAUGAACUUUUAAGUGAAUAUAAGAUAGUAGAUACUAUUAUUCCUUCCUUGGAGAAAGUUAAUGAAAAUGGUACAGGAUCUGGAAGUGGAAGUUCAGUGCAUUCAAAGAAUAAUAAUAUAGAAGAUCUGGGUACUUUUGCUUCUGCAAGUAAAUUUCAAACUUUGGUGGAUGUUGUGGAAAAAUGUUCAGAGCUUCCUGUCAAGGAGAAGAUGGUCAAGAAACCACAAGCUAGUAAAGUGAAUAAUUCAAAGGAGGCUGAAAUUUCAAAAACUAAACCAGGCUUGAAAAGAAUAAGAGGCAGAGACAAAUUAUAUAGUUUAGUGAAUCAAUUUAAUCCUUCUUUGCUUUGGGUUGUUGAACCUAAAAUAAGAGUUAAUGGUAGUAAUAUUAAGAAUUUGAAGUUACCUGUAAUGAGUCAAAUGUUGAUUCACAAUUCUACUACUACUUGCAAAGCUUGUCUUGCAACUGAUAAAAAGGAAUUAUGGGAGGAAUUAAAAAUAAUUAGUUCAUUGAAUUGUCCUUGCCUAGUAAUUGGAGAUUUUAAUGUGGUCUUAAGUUGUGAUGAAAAAUUUGGAGGUAGAAGUCCUAUAAAACAAGCAAUGACAGAUUUUAGAAAUUGUUUGGAAUCUUGUGAACUUAUUCAAGAAAAUAGAUUUGGCAUUGAUUUUUCAUGGUGUAAUAAUGGAGUUGGGAAGAAAAGAAUUCUAUGUGAUUUAGAUAAAGCCAUUUUUAAUCUAAAAUGGUUAGAUAUGUAUGAAGGUUGGAGCUAUAAGGUGGGAGUAAGAGGAGUAUCUUAUCAUGGACCUCUUAUGGGUAGUACAAAUGACAUUCCAAAACCAUCUAAUUUGAAAAAAUUUAAGAAUUGUGUCAAGCUAUGGAAUUGGGAAGUUUUUGGUGAUUUAAGAGUAAAGAUCAAACAAACUGAAGUGGAAGUAAUGGUUGCUUCUUUAUUAUCAGAUGCUCAGCCUGACAAUAUCAUUUUGCUAAAUAAUCUUAUCACAACUGGAGGGAAGCAUGAAAUGGCUGCUCAACAGUAUAAUGAAUUGAUAAGAGCUAAAUCUAGAGUACAAUGGGUACAAUAUGGAGGAGCUAAUACUGCCUUCUUCCAUGCUACAAUGAAGAUUAGAAAAGCUACUAAUAGUAUAACAGAGCUGGAGGAUAGUGAUAGACACAUUUUUGCAUGGUACGAUCAAUGUUUUGGGUUAGAAUUGGCUGGAAACUCAGAUUACAUUAACAGGUCUGCUAAGUCCAUCAGAACCGAUGAAUUUGGGCUACAUCAUCGGAGAGAAAAAAACAAAGAGUACAUGUACAAGGUGAUUAUUGAGGAGGAUAACAUUAUUUUGGAUGCUACUCCUUCAGCAAAGGAGAUUAAAGUUGCAGUUUUUAGUAUGAAUGCUAAUAGCUCUCCUGGGCCUGAUGGCUUUCCUGGUAGCUUUUAUAAGUAUGCCUGGAAUAUCAUUUGUCAAGAUUUAGUGAAAGAAAUUCAAUUUUGCUGGGACUGCAAAUUCAUACCUAAAGGAAUGAACUCAAACUUCCUAUUUUUGUUGCCAAAGAUGCAAGGUGCAAGAAGGGCUGAUCUGUUUAGACCAAUUGGUCUUGCUAAUUUCUGUUUCAAGAUAAUCACUAGAAUUAUAACUACAAGAAUGGAGGGUGUAAUAGAAAAGGUGGUCUCCAAACAACAAGGAGCUUUCAUUAAAGGAAGAGAUAUCCACGAAAAGAUAGUUCUGGCCUCUGAAUUAAUAAAUGAACUGGAGAUUAAAAGAAGAGGAGGAAAUGUGGGAUUGAAGUUAGAUAUAACUCAGGCCUAUGACUCUCUAAAUUGGAAUUUCCUUUUUGAGACAAUGAGGCAUUUUGGCUUCUCAGAAAACAAUAUUCAUUGGCUACACAAAAUCUUCAUGUCUGCAAAAAUCUCAGUUUUGAUGAAUGGAGGACCUUGUGGAUUCUUUGAAGUAGUUUUGGUGAAUGGAGGACCUUGUGGAUUCUUUGAAGUGGGUAGGGGUCUUAGACAAGGAGACCCCUUAUCUCCAAUACUUUUUGUAAUAGCUGAGGAGGUGCUGAGUAGAAACAUAACUAAAAUGAUUCAGGAAGAUGACAUUUUUGUUUUCUAUAAUGGGCACAAGAAGUCAUUGGAACAAUUAAUGCAAUUGUUAAUGAAGUACCAGCAAGCAUCAGGGCAAAUGGUGAAUAAAAGCAAGAGCAAAUGUUUUGUUGUGGGUGUCACUGAAAGUAGGAGAAGGGAAAUAACUGGUUUUUUACAAAUGGAGUUAUCUGAUUUCCCAGAUAAAUACUUGGGAGUAAUUUUGAAACCAGGAAGAGUAAAGAAAUCUCAAGUUUGGAGUAUUGCAGAAAUAUUACAAAAAUUACUAGCUGGUUGGAUGGGUGACCCAGCAGUUAAAAAACUCAUCACAGUUAAAUGGGAUGAAGUAUGUGCUCCAAUGGAAGAAGGAGGACUUGGGAUAAGAAGGUUGGAAGUAGUCAAUAAAGAUCUCUUGAUGAAACUACUAUGGAGGAUUGAAACAGAGGAUGCAUAA